AUGACCUCGAAAGGACUACUUGGAAUACUGUCUGAUGAGACAAUCUUUGAAAUAUUCGAAAAGCUUGCACCCCGAGAACGAGCUCGAUUCAGUGCUCUUAAUAAGCACAUGUUUUAUUUACUAUAUCCAUGGAGUGAUAUCAACCGCAUAACAGCGUAUAAAAUAGGCAUUGUUCUUGCUUCUGAUCGCCGCAUUCUCGAAGUUCAUCACAGCACUGCUGUUGCGAAUCAAACAAGCACUGAACAGGAUUUUAAUUUCUUGGCAAGAACGUUACGCAGUACACCUUUCAUACAAAAACUUGUGAUAAGCAGCGUUGAGCACAUCUGUACACUUCCGGCAACAGCAUUUGACUGCUUAACUAAACUUCAAGAACUGACCUUGCCAUGUGAUACCUUUGACAAUGGACUAAAAUUAAGCGAUAAGAUCAAAACCUUGUUCUCGAUCAAAACUUUAAUCGUUUUGCGUAUCCUCAAGCGGUUUGAUACUCCACGUAAAGCGAAAAAUGUUAUUCGGGCAGAACAUGCGCAAAAUUUGCAAGCGGUUUCUUUAAAGAUGUUAAAGUUACAGGGGGUAUCGCUGACGCCGAAAGCAAUGGAUGUAAUCUCCAAGAAAUAUUCGAACUCACUACGAUUCUUAUGUUUGAUGGGUACUUUGGCACACACACCUGACGCCGCCAAUUAUCUAAAUGCGUUACGUAACUUUAAGAACUUAUGCAAGUUGACAUUACCACCAUCACUGUUAUCGUUGAGCAGUAAACCUCUAUAUCAAGAAUGCCGUCUGCUAUCGCAACUUAAUGUAAAAUAUCUCUGUGUGUAUGUUUAUGAAUCUGAAAUUAUUGAAACACGAUAUUUCCUAAAGAAAUUAUUGCCAACAACUUUAAAAGAGCUAUGCUUGCACGAUCCAACACAUUUGGUCAUGCGAGAUUUGAGAAACGAAGAAUUUCGCAAGCUGAAUUUCAAGGUAACAUUUUGCAAACGUAUGGACACAUUGUAUCAGCAAGACUGGAUGCACGGACACUGCGAGUUACUCUCACAUAUGAUUUGGAUGCAACCUUAUAAACAUUUCAACACCGAAUAUCCAAAUCUGGUGCCAGGUUGGUGGUAUUUUAUGAGUGAAAACGUGGACACAGCUGAAGAAAAUACUGAAAUCACAGCAACAGAUGCGUCAAUAGUUUCGCAAGGACAACCUGCGCCUGCAGCUCAGCCACAGUUGCCAGCAAACGAAGAUCCAGGCGAGAUGAUGAUGGCUACCAUCGCAAGAUUCUUCGAGCGAAUGAUUGACGAACAGUUAAAUACUGAAUUUGGCGGAAAUGUCUUCACGGAUUUGCCUGUAACCAGAAAUCUUCCUAAUAAUCAGAUCGCCGCAACAAAUAAUCUUGCAACUCGAAAUACAAUACCACAAAACCGUAUUGACUGUUCACAGUUUGCUGUUUAUCCGAAUUUUUUCAUCUACAUCACAGUCCCUGUUAUGUUCUCUAAUCAUCAUAUCACUUCAUUACAUGUAGAACCUCCCAUCGGUCAACCUAUCGGCACUCAUCCACGAACAAGUUUUGUAGUAAUUUCAAGCAACAGACGAGGUAACAGCCGUAUUCCCGGACGAGUCACUUUACCACCAAGUGCGCCGCCAACACACAUAACCCCAACAGCCAGAGAAAUGCGGCAAGAAUUACCUUCAGUGCCCACCACCACGGAAACAACCGACUCCGACGACUCCGAUGAUUCAGAAGAUGGUAAUGAUAGUGAUAGUACACACACUGGAUCAUCGAUAUCUCCAACACCAACAACGAUAACUGGAACUAGAACCAGUUCUGGAGGAUAA